GAUCCCAAAGCUCAAAUAGUCAAAGAUGAGAAUUUAACCUGGGAGCAAUUCAAUAAGGCAGCACCCCACAUGGUGACUUCAAUGAAAGAUAAUGGUUGGCCAGAUGACAGGGUAGACAUGCAUAUUGCCUUUUGGUCAGCACUACAGAACCAUCGCUGGCGUCAUGACUUCGACGUUCACAAACAACAUGCCUUGCUUUUCUACCAAGCACAACAACAAAGAAGGUGGCACCUCGCCAUAGGCAGCGCGAACAGCUGGAGUCUAGCCAAGAUCAAUCAAGAUCUCCUAGAUGAAGCUUGCAAAAUGAUCUUCAAUCAAUUCAGAAUGCACCAAAUGUCACUACAGGUAUGUUAA